CAAGUAGAAAAAGUCUAUCGAAAGAAAACAGAAUCCGCGUACAUUAAUCUAAAAACUUUCAAAAAUGGAAAUUGAAAAAACAUUUGGGAAACUUACGGGAAAAUGUUUUUCAAUAUAUGUAAAAUAGUAAGAAAAUAAUAAUAAGACAAACAUCAUCAUUAUCAUUAAUAAGACAAAUAAAAGAAAAAAAUUACAUUUUGCAAAAGAAUAUUAUUAAUAAAAAUGGUAUAUUGUUAUAUUUCUGAAUGACAGCAGAAACAUCUUUAAUUUGGAUAGAUAUACUUAAUUAUAUCUGUACUAAAGUGAAAAACAAAACUUACAUCCUCCAGUAAAAUACUAUCGUUUGAGAUAAAUAAAUAUGUUUACACGCGUGAUAUAUAUUUUUAAAGAAUCUAAAAUAAGUCACAAAAAGCUUAAUUUUGAAGACGUCAAUUUUAUCGAAUAUUUAUAAGCGAGAAUUAAUAGAAGGUCAAAUAAUUAUAAUAAUGGUUAAUGGAAUUGAUAAUGCUAUAACAAACUAUAUUUCUUCUAUUGGCAUAAAAAAAUAAAUUAACUCAUAUUUAUUCAUUGUGAAAUUAAUUUGGUUUGACUAUUGAUGAUUGAUUAUUUUAAAUUGUGUGUUAUGUAAAGGCAUACUAAUGUUAAUAUAAGGUAUACAGGAUACACCAUACUGGGUAAAAAAGCCAUAGUGAACAUAUCUAUGUAACAUACAUGUAUGUAAACAUUUUUUUAUGUUAGCAUCAUGAUAAAUAAUAUUUGAUCAUUGCUACAUUUCAUUAUAUGGAUGGAUCCUCAUGAAAAGAGUGUCAUUAAGGCAUCAAUACAGAAAUGUAACGACACUAAUGGUUUUGUAUGAAAACCACAGGAAAUUUGAAAAUGACCACCAUAUUGGUGAACUUGCCGAAAAGCCCGAUUUCGAUAACUUUAAAAUAUGUUUUGAAUAUUCUCUAUGAGCAUAUUGCAGUAACAACUGUCAAAGGAUGGCUGUACCUACGCAUACUUUAAGUAAUGGACAAAAAAUCCCUGUCUUAGGACUUGGUACUUGGCAAGCUGGAGACAAUCCAGGUGUUGUUGAACAAGCAGUGCGAGACGCGGUUGAUGCCGGUUACAGGCAUUUUGACUGCGCUUAUAUCUACUGCAAUGAAAAGGAAAUUGGCAAAGCUCUACGCGAUAAAAUUGCCGAGGGUGUGGUAAAACGAGAAGAUUUAUUUAUUACGACAAAGUUAUGGAAUACGAUGCACAGGAAAGAAUUGGUAGUACCAGCGUGCAAAAAAUCACUUGAAAAUUUCGGAUUCGAUUAUGUCGAUCUUUAUCUUAUUCACUGGCCCAUGGGAUUUGAUGAAAAUUCUGAAGGUCUGUGGCCAGUCGAUGAGAAAGGUAAUCCCAUGUAUGGAGACGUGGAUUAUCUCGAUACGUAUCGAGCAAUGGAAGAAUGUGUAAAGCUGGGAUUAACUAAAAGUAUAGGUCUUAGCAACUUUAAUUCUCAACAGAUCGAUCGUGUUUUAUCGAUCGCCCAAAUCAAACCUGUCAUGUGUCAAGUGGAGUGCCAUCCAAACUUAAAUCAGAAAAAACUACGCGAUUUCUGCACGCAACGUAACAUAUCUAUCACGGCUUACAGCCCAUUCGGUUCUCCUAAGCGUACUUGGGUGAAACCUGGCGAUCCAGAAGUUACCAUCGAAUCAGCAGAAAUAGUCGCGAUUAGCAAAAAGUAUGGGAAGACUCCGGCGCAAGUUGUUUUACGAUACUUGAUCGACAUUGGUACCAUUCCUAUACCUAAGUCUAGUUCGAAGGAACGUAUUAAGGAAAACAUCAAUAUCUUCGACUUUAAGUUAACGUCACAGGAAAUUGCAACCAUCGAUACACUUGACCGUGGAAUUCGUAUUUGUCCUGCUGCAGAGUUUAAGGGACACAAGGACUAUCCGUUUACUAUAGAAUUCUAAAAGAGAAAAUAGAUUCACUAUUUUACAUAACUGUCUUAUUCUAUUAAAUACUUCGUUAAACAUUUUGUUUUAUUAAACCUAUAUGACAUAUAUAAGAACAUAUAUUCUAUGUAAUCUUCGUUCACGCUUGUAAUUAUUCUAUUUUUAAUAAAUCAUUGUUAUAAAAAGAA